UCAUUGUUACCGGCAGAUUUCUGAUCCGCCGCCAUUGCGCCAUUUUGUAUUCCGUUUGAUUGUGGUGGCUGUGUAGCCACUCCUCGUCAUUUUUAUUAAUAAUUUUUAAUUUCCUUUUAAAAUUGUGUUGAUCUCCUAACUAUGGCCAGCAAUCAAUACGCCCCUCCUAAUUAUGGGAAUGCUCCGGGCGGUUACCCUGGCUAUGGAGCGCAGCCAGGAGGCACAUUCCCACCCGUAGGGUACCCUGGUUUUGGUGGUGCUAUGCCACCCUCUUGGGGUCAGCAACCACCUCCUGCAGCUGGUGGCGGCGCUGCUGCUGGUGGCUAUGGUGCCAAUCCAGGGUAUCAAGCUGGAGGUUAUGGAGGCCAGCAAGCUAGUUUCCCAGGUCAAGGUGCGCCAAAUCCUAAUUACCCAGCGCAAGCCCCCAAUUUCCAACAACCUCCUCCUGCCAGUGGAGGUUAUGGUGGAGCAGCUGGUGGCGGCGGCCGUGGAGGCCCUCCACCCUCAGGUGGCUAUGGCAGUAAAGCCGGUCCUGGUGGCAAUGACAGUUUCAAUGGUUCAGGUGCCGGAGGCCGCGAUUAUGAUAGCAGAGGCUCCAGGGGAGGUUUUAAUAAAGGCGGGGAUGAUUAUGGCGACCGCAACAGGAGCCGUGAUCGAGACAGUGACCGAGGUGAUCGUGACGGUGGUUUCAGAGGUGGCCGCGGUGGCGGUGGUGGCUUCAGAGGAGGUCGGGAUGACUACGGUGGAGGCCGUGGCCGUGACUCAUAUGGUGAUAGAGGUAGUGACUCAUAUGGCAGUCGUGGUGGUAGUGACAGAUAUGGUGACAAAGGUCGAGAUGACAGGUACGGCGGUGGCCGAGAAGAUCGGUAUGGUGGAGGUGGCAGAGGCCGAGAUGAUGACCGUUAUGGUGGCGGCAAUGAUGUGGAUUCACGUGGUGGUGGCGGCGAUCGCUUUGGUGGUGGUGGUCGUGGCCGAGGCGGUUAUGACAGCCGAGGUGCUGUGGAUUCAUUUGGAGGCGGAGGAGGAGCCGGAGGUGAUGAGUACAUUGUUCAAGAGGAUACGAUCUUUGUAUCUGGGAUGCCAGCGGAAACAUUGGAAGCUGAUAUUCAGUCUCACUUUGGAGCAAUAGGAAUCAUUAAGAGUGACAAACGAACUGGUAAGCCGAAGAUUUGGAUGUACAAGGAUAAAGAGACAGGACGGCCAAAAGGAGAAGCAACCGUAACCUACGAUGAUGCACACACAGCCCAAUCUGCUAUCACCUGGUUCCAUGACAAAGACUUCAAAGGUCAACGUGUCAAGGUUCAGAUGGCAACCAAGAAAGAUAACUGGAUGGGUGGCCGAGGUGGUGGACGCGGAGGACGAGGAGGAGGUCGUGGCAUGGGUGGCCCCCGUGACGGUGGACCCCCAGGAAUGAGAGACCGUGAGGAUCGUGAUGACAGAGGUGACCGUGGCGAUAGAGAAGAUCGCGGCCGCGACAGGGAAGACCGUGGACCAAGAGGAGGUGACCGUGGUGGACGAGGUGGUGGCGGAGGUGGUUUUGGCGGACGAGAAGGCGACUGGAAAUGCCCGAACGUAGAUUGCUCAAAUACUAACUUUGCCUGGAGACAACAGUGUAAUCGAUGCAACACCGAUAAACCAGCUGGUGCAGGUGGAGCGCCCGGUGGAGGCGGUUACGGAGGUGGUGAUCGUAGGGAUGGUGGUGGUCGAGGACGUGGUGGUUUCGGCGGCCGAGGUGGAUUCGACCGUGGUGGUCGCGGUGGUUUUGACCGAGGUGGUCGAGGCGGCGGUGGACCAAUGAGAGGACGAGGUGGCGACCGAGAUAGGAGUCGACCUUACUAGAUGAUCAAAGCCUACUUUGAAACUUCGUGUAAUUACAAGUUUUAAGUAAUUUUAUAUUCAUGUUUGUGCAAAUAAUGACCAAGGUCUUUUCAAUACGGAAUUUGACUGCAUCAUGGGAUGUGUUAUGCACAUUUUCUCAGACAGAGGAGUACUUCAUCUGUUUCUCAAACCUGUUUAAUAAGAACGAGUGUCCAGUUCUGAAUAUGAGCCUGAAUAGUCAUACUUUACAUUAAUUUAUCUCAAUAAUUUGUCUGUGUACCUCUUGCAUUAGAAACAAAAACGAACACCAAACAGACCCAUCAUGUCUUUCUUUUUAGGAUUGUCAGAUCUUUGGUCAAUCAGAGUGAAUUUGUUAAAUUACACCAAUGAAAAGCAUAAUGCUUCGAAAAAAUGAAAUGAAGUAUUUCUCUUUCUGGGGCGGUUAAAUUCCUAUAAGUUUUCCCAGAAACUCUAGAGUUGAGGGCUAAAAUUUUCUUCCGUUUGUUGUCUUAUCUUUAUCAAGUAGGAGGUUUUUACAGCAUUAACUUGUCCAAUAACGUCAAAUUCAAAAUUAUAUACUGGUGUCACCUUUUACAUCUUGCUUUCUUCCCUGUAAUUUUACCAGUAUUGUGAGAAAUAUGCUGUGUGGUUCUGGAGUUCUUUAUUUAGGUGUAAAGGAAUUUCAUACGCCAGAACAGGGAGAAAAUCAAAAGUCAAUUUUGAUGUCAUUGCAGAACCUAAAAAUACUUUGAUCUCGCCAACCUCUGAUGGUCUAUUUUUAUUUUCUUUGCUGCCCCUCUCCGGGCCAUCUGUUUUUCUCAGGAACUUUACUAACACUAAAAAAGUAGAACAUGGUAGAUAGAAGUCUAUUGUAAAAUUUUACACUGAAGAAAAUAAUUCCAAGUGAUUGACAAAAUAAUCGGAAUAUUUUUUUAGACUAGUGCAGGUUAUACAAUUUGCAGAGCUUGUCUCCGAGGUGUUCCAAUUUUUAGAAUGGUAUUUUAUUUUACCUAAUCCUAUCAUACCUUUUUGUAAUAGUUUCUUUUAUGAAUGAAUCACUAGACUGGAAUAUCCGUUUAUUCCAUUUUCAGUUUAAUUCCAAUUCAACUUUGUAAAUAGCCUCUUGUAAUUUUAAUUGUCUAGUGUUCUUUGUGUUAAUGUCACAAUGUUUUUGUAAUUAAACUGAAGUACCAACCAAA